UAAAUAUAAACUCAACUAGCGUCGCCAGGGUCAACGACGACUUCAAUUUCUUACGAGCUGAAGAAGUCUUCUGGGAAGCUUAAAAAUGCAAUUCCCCUUCUUUAUAUUUCAAAUUACAGUCUGGAAUAUCUAUCUCAAACCCUGCCUCCUUCCUAGGUCCGAUCAUGGUUGGCUUCAAGUACUUCAAAAUCAAACAUUUCCUGUUUCCAAAUCCCCCUGUCCUCUUUUAUCUCUUAAUGCUCUCCAAUCUCUUCUCACUUGUAUUCCCUUUUACAAGUACUACAUCCUUCAACUUCACCAGUUUCAAUUCUGAUAAUCACGAAAACAUGUCAUAUGAAAGAGCUUUCGCCGAAUUUGAAGUUAUCCAACUCACCGGCAAUCGGGACCAACAAGGGAUCGUGGGUCGCGUUACAUAUUACAGCCCAAUGCACCUUUGGGACAAUGCCUCAACAAACCUCGCCGAUUUCACUACCCAUUUUUCUUUCGUCAUCGAUGCCAAAGGUAAAACUGUAUAUGGAGAUGGGCUUGCGUUCUUCCUAGCACCUCAUGGUUCAAAGAUUCCGGAUAACGUCUAUGAGGGGGGCACCAUGGGUCUUACUCCCAAUGGCCAGUCGCUAAAUAGGUCGAAAAAUCAAUUUGUCGCCGUGGAGUUCGAUAUCUCUCAAAAUGAUUGGGAUCCGCCAGGGGAACACGUCGGUAUCGACAUCAAUUCCAUGGAAUCUGUUGCUAAUGCGUCGUGGUGGAGUAGUAUCUCAAUUAGGGAAGGGGAAAAAAAUGAAGCUUGGAUUAGUUAUAAUUCUACCACUCAUAAUUUAAGUGUUGUCUUUACUGGUUUAGAUCAAUACAAUGUUACUGUAAGGCAGUUUCUUUCUGGAAUUGUUGACUUGAGAGAUUACGUGCCCGAAUGGGUUACCUUUGGAUUCUCAGCCGCAACAGGAGGUUUUUCUGCAAUGCAUACUAUUUACUCAUGGGAUUUCAACUCCAGUUUGGAAAUUGAUGAUACCAACACUAACAAAACAGUGGCAGGUGCUCCAUCUCCAAGCCCCAUUCUAACCCCCAAACCGAGGGGAAACAAUAAGUUAGGAUUAGGCGUGGGUUUGGGUGUUGGUGGAUUGUUUUUGGUUGCUGGGCUGGGUUUGGUUCUGUUGCUCUUGUGGAAGAGGAGUGGGAGGGAUAAAGAAGAUGAUCGUGCCUUUGCUGAGUACAUGGACGGCGAAUUCCAAGGGGGAACAGGGCCAAAAAGGUUCUCAUUCAGGGAAUUAGCUCGUGCCACAAAUAAUUUUAGGGAUGAAGAAAAGCUAGGCCAGGGAGGAUUUGGUGGUGUUUAUAAAGGAUUUUUAAGAGACUCAAAUAUCUUCGUUGCCAUUAAGAGGGUAUCAAAAGGGUCUAAGCAGGGAAUAAAGGAGUAUGCAGCAGAAGUAAAAAUCAUCAGUCGAUUAAGACAUAGGAAUUUGGUGCAACUCAUUGGUUGGUGCCACGAAAGAAGAGAACUCAUACUUGUUUAUGAGUUCAUGCCAAAUGGAAGCUUAGAUUCUCAUCUUUUUAAUAAAGAAAGGUUGUUGAUUUGGGAAGCGAGGUACAAGAUAGCUCAAGGCUUGGCAUCUUCCUUAUUUUACCUGCACGAAGAAUGGGAACAAUGUGUGGUGCAUAGGGACAUAAAAUCUAGCAACAUUAUGCUUGAUUCAAACUUCAAUGCUAGACUUGGGGAUUUUGGCCUAGCUAGGCUUGUGGACCAUGCCAAAGGGUCACAAACUACUGUUUUGGCUGGCACCUUUGGGUACAUGGCUCCUGAAUGUGUCACCACUGGCAAGGCAAGCAAGGAAUCAGAUGUGUAUAGUUUUGGAAUUGUAGUUCUGGAGAUAGCUUGUGGAAGGAAACCAAUCAACCCCAAGGGCCCUGAAGGUCAAGUUGUCUUGGUGGAGUGGGUUUGGGAGCUUUAUGGAAAAGGAGAGGUGCUUGGAGCAGCUGACCCAAGGUUAGGCGGAGACUUUGAUCGGGAGCAAAUGGAGCACUUGAUAAUUGUUGGGAUGUGGUGUGCUCACCCUAAUCGCAACCUUAGGCCUUCAAUUAAGCAAGCAAUUCAUGUUUUAAACUUUGAAGCUCCAUUGCCUAUUCUCCCCUCAAGUAUUCCCGGGCUAGCAUAUCUUCCUCCAACAAUGAAUAGAUCUUCAAUGCCACUUUUGAAGUCUGAUGCUGCUACUAGUUCCGAGAGCAGUGAAAUCCGAUAUUUAAUCCAUAGUCAGAACACUAUUUCCUCACAGUUCACCUCAUCUUCUAGUGCAGAGGCAUCACUUCUACAUUCGUGCUAAGUUGGUUAGAAGUAAAUUUACAUGUAUUUUGAAAUUCUAAAUCAUUGAUUGGCUGUUCAAUUUUCUCCUUGUACUUUUUUUUUUUGUUUUUUCACUUCAGCUUACAUCUACACUGUAAAUAUACAUGUCAUGUGCUUUCUACAUGUGAUUUGCGUAUUAUAUUGUACUUGUACAAACAACCUAAUAGCCCCAAACUGCGCACCUGAGAUGGAUUUGACACUGUUUCAAGGGAAAGAAUAUGUUAUUAUAUCAUUCCAUCAUUAAGAGCAUAAUUUUUUUUAUAUGAAGUACUUUUAGGAUUAGCUUCGGCA